AAUUGUCAAAUUCAAUUUACAGAACUGUCAUUUGGUUUUUGUUUCGAUUUUGGUGAAAAUCUAUGAAACUAAAUCUGCUUUCAUCUUGAGUUUGUGAAGUGAUAAUAUAAUAAAAAAUGGCUCUGUUCCCCGGAGCGGUGGCCUUUGACGAAUAUGGUCGUCCAUUUAUCAUUUUGAGAGACCAAGAUAAGCAGAAAAGGCUAACCGGUAUCGAUGCCUUGAAGUCGCACAUCUCAGCAGCUCGCCAAAUUGCGAGCAUCCUCCGCACUUCCCUCGGUCCCCGUGGGCUGGACAAGCUCAUGGUCUCCCCCGACGGAGACGUGACCGUCACCAACGAUGGAGCGACUAUCCUCAAGCUCAUGGAUGUGGAACACCAGAUCGGCAAGCUGUUAGUGCAGUUGGCUCAAAGUCAGGACGAUGAGAUCGGUGAUGGUACCACUGGGGUUGUGGUUUUGGCUGGAGCCCUUCUGGAGCAGGCCUCCAAUCUCCUGGACAAGGGCAUUCACCCCAUCCGUGUAGCCGACGGCUUCGAGAUGGCUGCAGCCACCGCCCUGGCCCACCUGGACGGCAUCAGUGAAGCUUUCCCAGUUAACAAGGAGACUCGCGAGCAUCUCAUCAAGGUUGCCAUGACAACGCUCGGCAGUAAGGUGGUUGUGAAGUGUCAUCGGUUGAUGGCUGAGAUUGCUGUUGAUGCGGUACUCUCAGUAGCAGACUUGGAGAAACGCGACGUGAACUUCGAGCUGAUCAAGGUUGAAGGCAAGGUGGGAGGCCGCAUGGAAGACUCCAUGCUGGUCCGAGGAGUUGUCAUCGACAAGACCAUGAGCCACCCGCAGAUGCCUAAGCAGUUGAGGGACGUAAAACUCGCGAUCCUGACCUGCCCGUUCGAGCCGCCCAAGCCCAAGACCAAGCAUAAGCUGCAAGUAGGCUCAGCCGCCGAGUACCGCGAGCUCAGGCAGUACGAACACGACAAGUUCUUGGAGAUGGUGCGAAGAGUUAAGGACGCUGGAGCAACUCUAGCCAUCUGCCAAUGGGGCUUCGACGAUGAAGCCAACCAUCUUCUCCUGGCCGAAGGUCUGCCAGCCGUGCGGUGGGUGGGAGGCCCGGAGAUGGAACUCAUUGCUAUCGCCACUGGGGGACGUAUUGUGCCACGGUUUGAGGAGCUGACCCCGGACAAGUUGGGCUCCUGUGGACUUGUGAGGGAACUUACCUUCGGCACCUCAAAGGAGGAGAUGCUGGUGAUCGAGGAGUGCUCGAACAGCCGCGCGGUGACGGUGCUGAUGCGCGGCGGCAACCGCAUGAUCGUGGACGAGGCCAAGCGGUCCGUGCACGAUGCCCUGUGCAUCGUACGCAGUCUGGUGCAGGACUCUCGCGUCGUCUACGGAGGUGGUGCUGCCGAGAUCUCGUGCUCGUUGGCCGUCGCUCGCGCCGCCGACAAGUUGUCGUCUCUCGACCAGUACGCCUACAGGGCCUACGCUGACGCCCUGGAGGCUAUCCCACUGGCCCUGUCUGAAAACAGCGGCCUGUCACCAAUCGACACUCUGUCAGAGAUCAAGUCGCGACAGGUGUCCGAGAACAACCCCUACUUGGGCAUCGACUGCAUGGGCACAGGAUCAAACGACAUGAAGAAGAUGAACGUAAUAGAGUCUCUUCACUCAAAGAAACAACAGAUCUCUCUCGCGACACAACUCGUGAAAAUGAUCCUGAAAAUCGAUGACGUCCGCUCCCCGGCUGACUCUAUCGACUACUGAAGUAUUACUCUAACUCUUAUCUACUGUUAUAUCUAUGAUCUUUUUGUAAUAAAACGCCUAACGUACUUGUGUAAGCACAUAGGUUUUGAAAGGACAAUGAAUUGGAGAAAUAUUUUAACGUAACUGACUGAAUGUCGAUACCGCGGCAGUUAACGUCAAUAUUAUAAUGUUCUCUUAUUCUUUAUUGUUUGAAUACAAAUCUAUGUGCAUACAAAAGUACUAAAAAUAGAUAUUAUUGAAAAUGUGGAAUUUGUAAGUGUAUUUGGUUGUUGCUUGAUUUUAAAUACUGAAGUUGGCUUAGAAAACUUGACUUUAGUUUGGCAAAUCGUUUGAUAAGAACUGUUCAAGAUAUAUUCUAAAUAAUGAGCGUUGGAAAAGACUCUUAACACAUCCAAAAAUAUUUUUCUCAUCAAGCAACAACUCUGGAUUUGACAAGAAAUACUUAUUGCUAAAUAUUUUAGAAAGCAGAAACUAUCAAUCACAUAUGUACAUAUUUCAUAAUAUGUAGUACAAUACCACAUUGUUAGAAUAUAUUGUUUUAUUAUUUUAACCUUAUAACGCUAGACGGAUUCGCUAGAUAUCCUGAAUACAGCUUUUAUAUAAUUCUGUCUCAAAAAUAUGUAUUGAAAAUUAUCAAUUUCGGGCCCAAAGAUGUCAUCUAACUUUGGAUGCUAAAAAGAGUAAAUAUUUUUGGAUAUUGUAACCUUGCCAAAAAUAAUUGCCAGUUCAAAAAAAACUUCGAAUUUUGGUAGAAAAUUCUUUUUUUAGCAUUCAAAGUUGAUUUUAAGAUAUUGUUAAACGCUUAGCACCCGCUAGGCACCUCUCGGACUUGGCAGUAACAAGAAUAUUAUUUUAAUUAUAAUAUUAAGUCAAUGCAUUUUCUGUAUGCGAGCGGUUAUACCAAACGUGUGAUGGAUGCCUUAUUGCACUAAUAAAAUAAUAAGCUAAUUUAA